GUCCUCUUGAAAAACGGUUCUCACCAUCGAAAAUCUCCCCGGAUAAGAUCCAACUUCCUCAUCCAUACGUAUUUUACUGCCAAGAAGUAGUUAGUUACCUUUCAAUUUUAUCAUUAUAAAAGCAAAGCUAUAACUCCUGCUACCACUGCACACACACACUACCCCUCAUUGUAUACCCCAUUACCAUUUUCCAAAGAAAACUAACAAAAAUCCUUUCUCAAAUAUCCAAAGCUUCAAGAUCAUGGAUGUUGCACAUUUCUUGUUCGGCAUUUUUGGAAAUGCUACUGGUCUUUUCCUCUUCUUGGCUCCAAUAAUCACAUUCAAGAGGAUAGUUAUGAACAAAUCCACAGAGCAAUUCUCAGGAAUCCCUUACAUCAUGACUCUGCUUAACUGUCUCCUUUCUGCUUGGUAUGGUUUGCCAUUUGUGUCUCCACACAACAUACUUGUGACAAUAAUCAAUGGAACAGGAGCAGGGAUUGAAGUAAUAUACGUCUUCACCUUCAUCUUGUUUGCACCCAAAAAGGAGAAAGCUAAAAUUCUUGGCCUUUUCGUGGCUGUAACAGGGCUUUUCUCUGUUGUUGUUUUUGUCUCCCUGUUUGCACUUCAUGGCAACUCCAGAAAGCUCUUCUGUGGCUUCGCUGCCGCUAUUUUUUCCAUCGUCAUGUACGGCUCACCGCUUUCAAUCAUGAGACUGGUGAUCAAAACCAAGAGCGUGGAGUUCAUGCCCUUCUUCCUGUCACUGUUUGUGUUUCUCUGUGGUACUUCAUGGUUCAUUUUCGGAUUGCUAGGCCGUGACCCAUUUCUUUUUGUACCAAAUGGUGUGGGUUCAUUAUUGGGUACAAUGCAACUGAUUUUGUAUUUCAUCUACCGUGGCAAUAACAAGCGUGAUGACAGCAGUACUAAGAAGAAGCCAACAACAACAACAAACGAAGCAGCAGAAUCCAUGGAAAUGGGUACCGCAAAACCACCACCAUUCAAUGCAAAUUGAUGGAACUCAAGAGGAACACGUUUAGGGACGCGUGUUAGAUUAGAACACUCAAACGUUCACACACAUUUUAAUGACAACGGUUAUCUUUGUCCCGUUGUAUGCAACCCCUCUGCACCUCUUAAAUUGUUUUGGAUUAAUCUUGUAAUGUUAGUGUUCCAUUUUCAUCAAUGGUUUGAGAUUUUUCUUGAUAUACUAUAUGUUCAUGAGCAAUUUUUGUUAUGA